CGGCGCGGCGCGGACGGGAGGGCCGGCCGGGGAUGCCGCUCGGGCCGCCGCGGUCCUGCUGCCAGUGAGCGCCUCGCGCCGCCGCAGCCAUGACGGUGGAGUUCGAGGAGUGCAUCAAGGACUCGCCGCGCUUCAGGGCCACCAUUGAUGAGGUGGAAACGGACGUGGUUGAGAUCGAGGCCAAACUGGACAAGCUGGUGAAGCUGUGCAGUGGCGUAAUCGAGGCCGGCAAGGCCUAUGUCACCACCAACAGGCUCUUCGUGAGUGGCAUCCGUGACCUGUCCCAGCAGUGCCAGGGCGACACCGUCAUCUCGGAAUGCCUGCAGAGGUUUGGAGACAGCCUGCAGGAGAUGGUCACCUACCACAUGAUCCUGUUUGAUCAGGCCCAGCGGUCUGUGAGGCAGCAGCUCCACAACUUCGUCAAAGAGGACGUGCGGAAGUUCAAGGAGACCAAGAAGCAGUUUGACAAAGUUCGGGAGGACAUGGAGCUGUCCCUGGUGAGGAAUGCCCAGGCCCCGAGGCACCGGCCCCACGAGGUGGAGGAGGCCACGGGCGCCCUGAUCCUCGCCCGAAAGUGCUUCCGCCACCUGGCGCUGGACUACGUGCUCCAGAUCAAUGUCCUCCAGGCCAAGAAGAAGUUUGAGAUUUUGGACUCUAUGCUGUCCUUCAUGCACGCCCAGUACAGCUUCUUCCAGCAGGGCUACAGCCUGCUGCACCAGCUGGACCCCUACAUGAAGAAGCUGGCGGCUGAGCUGGACCAGCUGGUGAUCGACUCAGCAGUGGAAAAGCGGGAGAUGGAGCGCAGGCACGCGGCCAUCCAGCAGCGGACGCUGCUGCAGGUGAGUGGGCGCCCACCCUGGGGGGAGGGCCCAGGUGGGCGGGGCCUCUGCCCUCCCCGCCCCGCGGCGUUUCAGCACCAAGGACACUUCCGAGGCCCCAGCGCUCUGGCCCUGGCACCGCCCGCAGCGCGGCCGGCACCAGCGGAGGCGGCUGAGCUGGGACCGCGUCCCCUUCGUCCCCUUCGGGAGCAGCUGCAGCUGUCCCUUCCCGCCCCCACUCAGCCAGGGGAGCAGGUGGCAGGGCCUCCUCUCCCACUGCCGGACACACAGGACAGCGCUCAGUGUCUCCCCAACCCGCGUGAAUGGAGCUCUGUGACGCUGGCAGGGCAGCCCAGCUGGCGACAUGAAUGGGGGCUCAGGAUGGGGGAGGCAGCUUCCUUCCUGGUCGCAGAGGCUGCUGUCCCUGCCAGGCUGGGGGGGGGGGCUGGAGCUCUCCGGGCCCCCCGCUGUGGUGGGAGGCAUCUGCCCCCACUGGGUGUCGGCUCAGGAAGUGGCUGUGAAGCCCCCUCAGCCUUGGCUCUGGGGAAGCCUGGGGGGGCGGCAGUGUCCCCGCAGCCGUGGGCUGGUGCUCACUGGGGGCCGGCCUCCGACCGCCCCCAGGACUUCUCCUACGAUGAGCCCAAGGUGGAGUUUGACGUGGACGCACCCAGUGGUGUGGUGAUGGAGGGCUACCUCUUCAAGAGAGCCAGCAACGCCUUCAAGACGUGGAACCGGCGCUGGUUCUCCAUCCAGAACAGCCAGCUGGUCUACCAGAAGAAGCUCAAGGAUGUGCUGACCGUGGUGGUGGAUGACCUCCGGCUCUGCUCCGUGAAGCCCUGCGAGGACAUUGAGCGGAGGUUCUGCUUUGAGGUCGUGUCGCCCACCAAGAGCUGCAUGCUGCAGGCCGACUCAGAGAAGCUGCGGCAGGCCUGGGUUCAGGCCGUGCAAGCCAGCAUUGCCUCCGCCUACCGGGAGAGCCCCGACAGCUGCUACAGCGAGAGGCUGGACCGCACGGCAUCCCCGUCCACGAGCAGCAUCGACUCCGCCACGGACUCUCGGGAGCGCAGCGUCAAGGGCGAGCGCGCGCUGCAGCGCGUGCAGAGCGUGGCCGGCAACAGCCAGUGCGGCGACUGCGGGCAGCCGGACCCGCGCUGGGCGAGCAUCAACCUGGGCGUGCUGCUCUGCAUCGAGUGCUCGGGGAUCCACAGGAGCCUGGGCGUCCACUGCUCCAAGGUGCGGUCCCUGACCCUGGACUCGUGGGAGCCAGAGCUGCUGAAGCUGAUGUGUGAGCUUGGAAACAGCACCGUGAACCGGAUCUACGAGGCCCAGUGCGAGGGGCUGGACAGCAGGAAGCCCACAGCCAGCAGCCCCAGGCAGGACAAGGAGGCCUGGAUCAAGGACAAAUACGUGGAAAAGAAGUUUGUGCGGAGGCCGCCCUCGGCACCGGCCCGGGAAGCCCCACGGCGCUGGCGGGCACAGAAGUGCCAGCGCCACCACAGUUCCCCCCGCGCCCCGACCACCCGCCGCAGGAAAGUCCGGAUGGAGCCCCUCCUGCCCUCUGUGGCUGCUCUGUGCUCAGGCUCCGCAGAGCCCAGGUUCCGCAGGGACUCCCUCUUCUGCCCGGAUGAGCUGGACUCCCUCUUCUCCUAUUUCGAUGCAGGGGCUGCUGCGGCUGGCCCACGCAGUCUGAGCAGCGACAGCGGCUUAGGAGGCAGCUCCGAUGGCAGCUCGGAUGUCCUGGCCUUCGGCGUGGGCUCUGUGGCAGACCGCGUCGCCGAGGAGGAGGGUGCCGAGUCGGAGGAGUCCAGCGGCGAGGCGGACGCAGAGGCGGAGGCCUGGGGUCUGAUGGACGUGCGCGAGCUGCACCCCGGGCUGCUGGCGCACCGCGCGGCGCGCACCCGCGACCUCCCCGCGCUGGCUGCUGCGCUGGCACAAGGGGCCGAGGUCAACUGGGCUGACGCGGAGGACGAGGGCAAGACACCUCUGGUGCAGGCCGUGCUGGGGGGCUCCUUGAUCAUCUGUGAAUUCCUCUUGCAAAACGGAGCGGACGUGAACCAAAGAGACAGCCGGGGCCGGGCACCCCUGCACCACGCCACGCUCCUGGGCCGCACCGGCCAGGUCUGCCUGUUCUUGAAGCGAGGAGCAGACCAGCACGCGUUGGACCACGCUCAGCAGGACCCGCUGAGCAUCGCCGUGCAGGAGGCGAACGCGGACAUCGUCACGCUGCUCCGUCUGGCACGCAUGGCAGAGGAGAUGCGGGAGGCUGAGGCGCCCCCGGGCCAGCCGAGCCACCUGGCUGGCAGCAGCCCCACCGAGCUCCAGUACCGUCGCUGCAUCCAGGAGUUCAUCAGCCUGCACCUGGAUGAGAGCUAGGGCGGCCGGCUGCAGCGGGCCCCCCCCACCCCGGCCCGUUGCCCUAGAGCCCGGGUUCUCCGGAGCUUCUGGAGUCACUGCUGUCUGCUCGGUCCUCCUCGGAGUCGCCCCAGGGGCUGGGAGCGGGACCCCGGCACGAAGCCUCCUGAAGCUCCACACCUGCCCCCGGCGGUGCUGCAUCACCCCCCCACCCCGCCCCGGGGACCGUGUGUCUUCUGGGGGCCUGGGUUGCUCAUGUCACAAACCACCCUCAAGGCCCCGUGCCACGCCGUGCCCCUCUCUGCUCCCCCAGGCCCGUGUCGCCUGUGCCCCCAUCCCUGGGGUCCAUGCCACUUGGUGCCCCACUCUGCCCGCAGGGCCCGUGUCACCUCAUGCCCCCACUUUACUGCCCAGGAACACGGACCUGCGAGUUGGGUCCCUCCCACACCCCAAGCCCCUCUGCUGGGCCCUGGGGCUGGUGGCUGGCCGCCAGCACCUCUUGAGGGCAGAAGGGGUGGCCCAUCUAGGGAUUCAACCCGUGUACCUCACUUAGCGACCCCGGCAUCCAGGCUGGGCUUCUUGGGUGCCUGGGGGGCUCUGGCCUGGGGCCUCAGCCCUGGCUGGGCGCGGAUGUCCCGAGGCCGUGUGGCUGGCCGCACAGGCCCUCGUGCCCGGCAGCCCCACCCGUGCCCGCCUUUUCCCAGAGCGGGUGGCAGGGGUGUGGCUCUUCCCACUCCUGCAUCUGAUGUCCUUUGUCACGGACUGAGGGGUUUUCUACAAUGACCUCGUUCUCACUUUGUCUCGCGUCUUUUCUCUGGACUCAAGGACCACCUUGACCCCCAGCCCUGCCCACUGCUGGGUGGAGGCCCCUGCAGCUUAGCCCUGUGCCCUCGGCAGGCCAGCCUUGGCCCGUGGGGCCUGGGCUCACUCCCCAGGGCCCUCUGAUGCCUUCUGCGUUCCCCCUCCUGGAGCCCUGCGGUAGUGGCUGGGCCUCUUCCCAGCUCGGGCCCUCGGCCAGGCCAAGGCCAGGUGGCUGGUCGCUAUGCAAAGGCUGCCCAAGGAGGCCCCAUGGGCAGCAAGUUGGGUGCUGACUGGGCCCUCAACUUCCUCGCCUGCUGGCUGUGACCCUAGAGAGCAGAAUUAACUCCUUCCUCUCUCCCUGCUUGAGCUCUGCCCCCACCUCCCGCCCCACUGCCUGCGUCAGGGCCUUUGCCGGGGCCUCGGCUGGCGGGACCGCCUCCGCUCCAGAUCAGUUAAUAAACGGCCGCUUGCACCCGCCGCCUCGCCUCACCCGCCUCACUCCACUGUCUCGGCUGGGGAGGGGGGGUCUCUGGGUCCCCUGCCUUCCCCAAGGGGCAGCCCUGCGUGGGACAGCACCAGUGUUGCCUCCAAAGGAUUCAGUAAGCGAGAAUCCGGUGCCCCCGCCAGGGGCCUGAUGGAGGCCAGGGCUCUUUUGAUUAAAACCAGUUCCUGAUACCCCAUUCCCUGGCCUUUCUGCU